UGGAAAUGAAAAUCAAACCAUGCCAAAAGCACCCUUUGCACUUGACAAGGCUCAAAAGAAGGUGUUAUGUGAAUGGGUUCGAGACUUGAAAUUCCCGGAUGCUUAUGCUUCAAACUUGAGCAGGUGUGUUAAUCUUCAAUCAUGCAAGCUGUAUGGAAUGAAGAGCCACGAUUGUCAUGUCUUCAUGGAGAGGUUACUUCCGGUUGCUUUGAAGGAGUUGCUUCCCUUGCAUGUUUGGAAGGCAAUUACAGAGAUUAGUCAAUUCUUCCGAGACUUAUGCGCCCCCACUAUCAAAGCGAGUGACAUAGAUCGCUUGGAUAAGAAUAUAGCUGAGAUCUUGUGCAAGCUAGAGAAGAUUUUUCCACCUGCAUUUUUCAACUCAAUGGAACACUUGCCAGUUCAUCUUCCACAUGAGGCAAAGGUUGGUGGUCCCGUCCAGUACAGGUGGAUGUACCCAUUUGAAAGGUUUCUUAACCAUUUGAAGCGUAAGGUUGGAAAUAAGGCACGUGUAGAAGGCUCCAUAUGCAAUGCUUACCUAAUGGAGGAGAUUACGAACUUUUGUUCCCACUAUUUUCAACCUGAGGUUGACACCAAAGCAAGGGAUCUAGGAAGAAAUGUCCAUUCGGUUGUUGAGAACCAACAUGACGUUAAUAUCCCCGAGAUGUUCAGGGUGGAUUGUGGUCGUGCACCUACUAAUGGCCGUUUGCGCUUCUUGCAAGACAUGGAGUAUGAUCGAGCACAUCUUUAUGUGCUUGCAAACAGUGGCAUCUUAGGUGAAUAUGAAAGGAAAUUUGAGGAGCACAUUAUCCAAACUCAACCUCACAUAGUAAUGGAGGAUAUUUGGAGUAAAUGCGAAGCCCAGUUCCCUGAAUGGUUUAAAUCACAUGUUCUCCGGUCUUUGAGUCCUAAUGAUGUGACACGGGCGCUUGCGAUGGGCCCCUCUAGACAAGUAAGGACAUGGAGCCGGUUCUAUGCGAAUGGAUAUAAUUUUCAAACUCAUGACUACGGCAAACACAAGUCAACUAUGAAUUAUGGAGUGUGUGUACAAAGUCCUGAUGAAGUUGACUACUUUGGCAUUUUGGAGGAGGUGGUUGAACUUUCUUAUUGUGGUAAGCUUCAAGAGUACAAGACAAUCUUGUUUAAGUGCAGCUGGAUGGAUUCCGUGAAGGGUAUGAACAUUCAUGAACAAUACAAACUUGUUGAGGUCAAUCAUUCUAAGAGAUACCCAAAGUAUGACCCGUUUGUAUUGUCUUACCAAGUUAGUCAAGUAUACUUUGCACACUACCCCAGUUUGAAGAGGGAUAAAGCCCAAUGGUGGGCUGUGUUUAAAACUAAGGCAAGGUCUGUGAUUGAUGCUCCGGUUGACUUAGACUUUCUACAAGAAGAUGCAAAUGAGGUUUCUUCAGCUCUUUGUGCUCCAGAUGAGAUCCCAGAUUAUGAAGAUCAAGAUGAUGAUGAUGAUGACGAUAUUAAUGAUGUUGAUGCUGAUAGUAUGAGUGAUGAGGAUGAGGAUGAUGAAGAUGAGGAUGAGGAUGAUGAGGAUGAGGAUGAUGGUGAUGAUGACAUUGAUGAUGAUGAUGACGAUGGUGAUGAUGAUGAUGCUGAUGAUUCUGAUGGAUACGACGAUUAACUUGAUAUUGCUGAUUUUGGUCCUUUUUGGUUGUUUAAUUUUAGGUUCAAGAAAUAUUAUGUAGUUGUUUGGUAAACUUAUGAUUGGAAUUUGACAUGUGUUGUCUUUUAUGAUUGAACUUUGAAUUAUGUUGUUGUUUAUUGAACUUAUCAUUGAACUUUUUAUUUUGGUUGUAUAAAUUUAUGUUUGUUAGAAAAUCUGAAGUUGUUAAUGCUAAUGCUUGGUUUGUGUUCCAUUAAAUAAACAGAUGUCCAAUCGAUGAAUUGUCUUUUAUGAUUGAAA